CUUUCCCAAUCCUAUAUGCAAAUUGUGACUCUGCAUUUCCCUCCUUUUGCACUCUUUGGUUUUAGCAACUCAGAUUUCCGGGAGCCCCUGAAGGCGGCGCAGCCACAUCCUUCAUUUACCGGACCGGAGAGACACGAGCGGCGCCGUGAAGUCUUCACACACCAACCGGAGCGGAUAACACACAGCGCUUACAUUCACCAGAUGAUGUUGAUGUUGCUGUUGCUCCUCGCCGGGAGUUGGUCCGGCGGCGACGGUUCGGACUGCGGCCCCGUCACCACGGAGACCAACAGCGCGGCGCGUUUACUGUCGGCCGUGGUGGACACGCAGAGAGCCGAGCAGAGCCAGAGGCAACACCUGGAGGCCCUGUUCAACAGAUAUGGAGAAAACGGCACCAUCUCUCUGGCCGGUUUAAAGCGCCUGUUACAGAACGUGGGUCUGGAUCGCAUCAGGACUGUUACGGUGCAACAUCACGAAGAACCAGGCCACCACGAUCACCACCACCAUCAUCACCAUAACCACGAUCACCACGAUCACCACCAUCACAACAACAACAACAACUCCCAGAGGCACGCUGAACCCUCUCAGCCCAGAAAGCUUCCAGAAACGUCUAGAGUGUCUAUAGACCAGGACAGCCGCCACAUCCCGCACAGUAAGCGGACCGCGGCGGCGGCGGCGGCUGAGGGCACGGGCACCACAGCGGUGUACAGCGGCCAGCUGGUGGUUGAACCAGACGUAGCGCGUAAGGGACAAAACGGAAGCCCGGAACAACGCAGUCCUGCAGCGGAGGAGACUACUGCCGGGCUGACAGUCACCGAAAGCCAGACAAUGGCGGUUGCAGUCACCCGGGGCGACCACGACCAUGAACACGACCAUGAACACGACCAUGACCAUGAACACGACCAUGAUCACGAACACGGUCAUGGUCACAACCACAAGCGAAGCGUGGACAGCGCGGAGUGUCUGAACGCCUCCACCAUCCUGUCGUCACACGGGAUGUUUCAGGGCGUGGACGUGACCCUCGCCGACUUCAGUUUCCUCUGCCCCGCCCUCCUCAACCAGAUCGACGGCGGAGCGUGCAUCCUGCACGGAGGCGCCGCAGAUGACGCGCAGACGGACCAUAAACACAGUCACGGCGACCACAACAACUCGGAGCCCGGCCACAGGGAGAGCCCUGCUGGAGAAAGUGACAAAAACAUUGCAAUAGCGUGGGUGGGAGGCUUCGUCUCAAUCACCAUCAUCAGCCUGCUCUCCCUGCUCGGCGUCGUCCUCAUCCCGCUCAUGAACCGAGUUUUCUUCAAGUUCCUCCUCAGCUUCUUGGUCGCGCUGGCCGUCGGCACGCUGAGCGGCGACGCCUUCCUUCAUCUCAUCCCCCACUCUCAGGGAGGCCACCAUCACCACCACAAGGAUGAAACGGGGCUGGGCGUGGAGGGACAUCACCUCCACGAUGAGCAGGAGGAGAACCUGGACGCGGUGUGGAAGGGUCUGACGGCUCUGAGCGGGGUCUACAUCAUGUUCCUCAUCGAACACUUCCUCACACUGGGCAAAAUGUACAAGGACAAGAAACAAAAGAUCCAGAAGCAGUGGGAUCAGAACGACAAAGCAGAUCCAGAGAAGCAGCCAGCUCUGGAAGAGGGCGACCUGAAGCCAUCUGAAGACGUGGAGACUAAUGGCGCGGGUAUUUUUGGCGACCACUCCAUCAACCUGCACGGCGGCAGCGUGGCGGAGGAGGAGCAGGUGAUGCUGGCGCCCCAGUUGUCGGCCGCCCCCUCGCCGCAGGGGUCUGCCGCCUACACCGCCGAGGACUGCGAGAACAAGUGCCACUCCCACUUCCACGACACGGUGGGCCAGACGGACAGCAUGCACCACCAUCACCACGACUACCACCACAUCCUGCACCACCACCACUCCCAGAACCACCACCCCCACAGCCACUCCCACUCCUACUCGGAGGAGCACUUCCAGCAGGCCGGCGUGGCCACGCUCGCCUGGAUGGUCAUCAUGGGGGACGGGCUGCACAACUUCAGCGACGGCCUGGCCAUCGGCGCUGCCUUCACUGAGGGGCUGUCCAGCGGUCUCAGCACGUCUGUGGCCGUUUUCUGUCACGAGCUGCCGCACGAGUUGGGUGACUUUGCGGUGCUCCUGAAGGCCGGUAUGACGGUGCGCCAGGCCAUCCUCUACAACGUGCUGUCGGCCAUGAUGGCGUACCUGGGAGUGGUGAUCGGCAUCGUGAUCGGACACUACGCCGAGAACAUCUGCAUGUGGAUCUUCGCCCUCACGGCCGGCCUCUUCAUGUACGUGGCUCUGGUGGACAUGGUGCCGGAGAUGUUGCAUAACGACGCCGGGGACCACGGCUUCAGCCACUGCGGCUUCUUCCUGCUGCAGAACGCCGGCAUCCUGCUGGGCUUCUGCAUCAUGCUGCUAAUCGCCAUUUUCGAGCACAAAAUCCAGCUGGACCUGGGCUACUGAGGGACGGCGUUUGGUCCUGAGCUCCGUGUGCGUCUCAGUGUCUCCGUCAGAAGUGUACUGUGUCUAUUUUUAUUUGUUGUUGUUGUAGACUGUCCCGUCGCCUUGAUUUAGUUUCUAUUGUCCACACGGUGUAGGGAGAAGUAGAAACGCAGAAAUCGAAUGUUGUCGUAGCGGAAGCAGAAGUUAAAAAGCUGCAGCGGCUCUGACGUUUGCCGCUCAAACUCAUUAGGAGUAAAAAAUAAUAACUGAAGAAGUUGUUUUUUCAUUUUCUUAGACUGCGGUUACAAACGUGCAGUAAUUUCUCUUUUUGUCAAAAAACUCAUGAAGUCAGAGAAGAGAAAAAGAAAUAAAAAGUCCCCCGUCCAAAUUGCUCUUUCCACAAAAAUGCUCAUUUGAUGAAUAUUUCACUUUUUAGCAGUUCCUAUUAACAAUAAACUCAAAAAGACCCUCUCAUGGGGUUAUCUGUCCCUUAAAAUUUUUUGCCAUCAUAUUUGAUUUGAUUCUUUACCCCAUUAUGUCUGAUUUCUGAUGUGUUGGAAGUGUUUCUGCUGCUGAGUCAAACCACAUCAGUAUUUCAAAUAAUCCCCUAAAGUACCGUAACAGCUCCACUGUUAGAAACACUAGCCUGGCUCCGCCCUCCUACGUACUUCUGCUCAAUUUUCAUUUCCCUUCAGUACUCUGUCUGGGUUUAUGGUAUAUUCUUGGGUUUUCUCCGGCCAAAUCUUUACCGGUCCAAUCAGAGAACAGAGGGAGGGGCUGAGAACGGUGACGUUGAGGUCGUGCUCUAGUUUGAGUUGUACUUCCUUAAUGGCGGCGGAGAAAGAUGCGAGCGAAGCCAUUCGGUCCGUUGUGGCAACGCUGCCGAAUAUCCAGAAGUUAAAGCCCGAGCAAGAACAAUCUUUGCUGAGUUGUGUUGGUGGCCGUGAUGUUGGUGCCCUCCUCCCCUAAAAAAGAAAUGGACCAGAGUCUGGUCCUACCAGGCUAAUGUACCAGAGUCUGGUCCUACCAGGCUAGUGGACCAGAGUCUGGUAGGACCAGGCUAAGACAACACCGCACUGGGAAACCAUUCCCAUUUUAAAUCCCCUCCUAUGAGAACUUAAAGUAGUGUCCACUAUACACCCCAAUCUCUUUCAGAAUAAUCUCUGCAGGCGAUAUUAUCCCAAUUCACGCUGCGACUAUCGAUCAUUUCACAUCUGAUUAAUCUGGAGCUUUACAUUUUCCUCAGAAGUGAUCUUCUCUUCUGUGAAGCUUUUUGAUUUGGGAUCAUGCAGCGGCACUUUGUAGUGUUAAAUUAUCCAAAAACAACACUAGAUACAUUUUAAUUAGCAUUUUAGGCACCGCUUGAACCGAACUGAACCCUAAACUGUGACCUCUGUUCAUGUGGAGCUGAACAAUCUACAUUCAUUUCUGCCAAUUUUCAGAUUUUAGUUUUUUCCUUUUUGUUGUUUGUUACAUUUUUGAAGGCCAUGUCAUGUGUACCAGAAUUCUUUAGUUUCAAUGCCUUUACUUUUGAGGCUGCCUGUUACUGUAGCUUUAAGCUUUACUUUAAGGAUUUCAAACUAAGCUGUCAAACUAUUUGUUUUAGUCCAACGCCUGCAGACGUCUUGAUUCUGUUAGUUAAUAAAGUGGCGGCAUGGAUCCGUUUUCUUGUCUUUAAACGAGUGCAAAGCUCUAAAUGUCUCCUAGGUAGGGUUGGGUACCGAAACCCGGGGCCUAAACAACCGGUAUCUACCGAAUGGAAACGCAGAUUUCGGUGCCUCAUUUUUGUGCCGCUUAAAUGCCUUCUGCGCUGCUCUCUGAUGCUCCGAAACAGACGUUUGAGGCAACAGAAGCAUCGCUGCAUGUCACACUAGUUAACACUUCACCUGACAGCAGGUAGCGUUAGCCUACCGUUAGCUAG